AUGUUAACUUUUUCACAUCGUUGCAUCAAGAUCAAUGUUUCAACUGCAAGUAUGAAGCAAGGGGCCUUUGAUAUUGAAUGGGGACUUGAUGAUCUCAUUGAUAUUAAGUGUCAGUUGUUUCCAAGUAGUGGAACGGUCAUCAUAAAGAUUAAUGUAAUAUCAAGGAAUGCAGAUCAGUUAGAUCAUGAGCCUUUUGAUGAAGUCAUAUAUCCUGAAGGGGACCCAGAUGCUGUUUCUCUAAGCAAGAGAGAUUUUGAUCUAUUACAACCUGAUACAUUCAUUAAUGACACAAUAAUUGACUUUUACAUCCAUGCUUCGGAUGGAAAAGCAGCAUUUCUACGUGUUCGUAAAUGGACAAGAAAAGUAAAUUUAUUUGAAAAGGAUUACAUCUUCAUUCCUGUGAACUUCAAUCUUCAUUGGAGCUUAAUAGUCAUAUGUCAUCCUGGUGAAGUGGUUAAUUUCAAUGAUGAAGAGUUGGCCAACUCGCUUAGAGUACCCUCGUUGCCACAGCAGGAUAACUCAUAUGAUUGUGGCCUCUUUCUGCUGCACUACCUAGAGCUCUUCCUUGCCGAAGCUCCUCUUACUUUCAAUCCAUUCAAACUAACCAAGUUUUCCAAUUUUCUCAAUGUAGAUUGGUUUCUGCUUGCCGAGGCAUAUCUCAAGCGAACACUGAUCCAGAAGUUGAUUUCCGAACUUGUGGAAAAUCGUGAUUCACGUGAAAUCUCGUCCUCAGACUAUAGUGAUGACCCCCAGUACAUAGAAAAUAAAGAAAACAGAAUCUGCAUUGAGCAUCCUGAAGUCAACAGGGAGUCAAAAAUUUCCUUUGAUGGGCAGGGAAUAGAAAUGACUCUAUUGUCUGGAUCAUCGUCUUUGGAUCCUCAAUCUUUUAACGACCCAGGCAUGGUUCUUAAGGACCUCUAUGAGCCAGGUGCUUCAGCGGCAACAUCGGCACAGUGCCAUUCUUUUGACCAGCAACCAUCUGAUUAUCGUUUCAAUAAUUCGAUAUUUUCGACGGAGGAAACCUCCGAUCUUGGGGAACAACUUAUGUACUUAGCAACAGAUACCAACUUAGCCACAUAUACCAACUUCCAGCAAGUAGCUGAAGUUACACCUCAAGCAUGUCCUUUGCCUUAG